UCCUUUUGAACCACAGUCUGGGUUUUCAUAUCAGCUCACAACACUCUGGCAUCCACUCACUCUUCAUUGAUGUACUUUCUCUAGCCCGCUACAACUUUGUUCUACCACGAAAUCAAGCCAGUUUGCCUUCCUUCUCCACCUUUCUUUAGCAGCUCUGCCACCUCUGUCACUCCCACACUUCCUAACCCUAAGUCGAGUCUCGUCCAUUCCGCCCUCGACUCAACGCAUCUUCCACCCCCCCUUAUUACCACAAUGUCGUCCCCCGAAGCAGCCGGCCAAAAUGAUCCCUCCCAGUACCUCGUCUCCUUCGGCCCCGACGCCAACUGCACCCUCGCCUUAUGCCCCGUCGAAGCCUCCCUCCAGGGCUACCGGCCCGCCGUCGGUGUGCAAAUCGCCUUCAUCGCCCUCUUCGGCGUCUCCAUGCUCAUCCACCUGGUCCAAGGCAGCCGCUACCACACCUGGUUCUUCGCCAGCAUGAUGGCGCUCGGCUGCAUCGGCGAGAUGAUUGGUUACGGCGGGCGCAUUUUGCUGUACCAGAACCCCUUCUCCUUUGACGGCUUCAUCAUCGAGAUCUGCUGCAUUACAAUCUCGCCCGUCUUCUUCGCCGCCGCCAUCUACGUCUCGCUCGCCAAGGUCUCGAAUUUUUUGGGCCCCGAAGCUUGCAGGUUUCCGGCCAAGAUAUACGUGUGGGUGUUUGUGCCUUGCGAUAUCGUUAGUUUAAUCUUGCAGGCCGUGGGCGGCGCAUUAUCAUCGAGUUCGGUGGGAAGUGACAAAUCGGGCGAGUACAUCACACUUGCAGGUCUGGCGUUCCAGGUCUUCACUCUUACUGUCUUCAUCGCUAUGGCGUUAGACUACCUCUUCCGCUACAUCUCGUACCGUAAGUCUCAGCGAGUGGAUCAACGCCGGAUCCUCUCGACGCGCCUCGGGAUCUUUGGCGUUUUCUUCUCGGCAUCUAUUCUCUUUAUCCUCAUCCGUUGCUGCUACCGUAUUGCCGAGCUCAGUCAAGGAUACAGUGGGUCAAUCUUCCACGAGGAGGGUCUGUUUAUUGGGCUAGAGUCGGUAAUGGUGAUCCUGGCAGUGUUCGCCUUAAACAUUGCUCAACCAGGCUUCGCAUUCCAGAACCGCACUCAGGAGGCCUAUACAACCUAUGGUAACAAGGUUGAACACGAACCCAGCUCCGAGCAAAAGGCGUCAAAGGUAAGAGAAGCCACCCUGACCCAAGAAUAAAACAAGUUGUAAGACAGGUCGCCAACAGCCCGGCAAACGCAGCAACCUGGCGAUGGAUAUGUUGCCUAUCCGAGGGAUCGGCGCACAUUGGGCUUGUAACAGGGUCUGAAUGGUCUGACGGAGGCUAUCUAAUCGAUGCUGAAGCGGAAUAGUCGUGUAGGCUAGCGGUAAAUGUAGAUUUUCUUUUUUGUAUUAUGUUUUGUCGCUAGCGAAUACACUAGCAUAGCAAGAAAGGCUUAAAUAAAGCCUGAAAUUCAG